CAGUUGAUUGCCGUACACGGAACACGGAACAGUUCGCGACCCCCCGUCCAUCGCUUGCUCCGCUUUGAAUUGCUUUCGGAAUUUGUUUGCUCUGGCACGUACCGCACCGCUUGAGUGGUGAACCCGACAUGGAAUGGACCUGGCUCAAGGACUGGUGGCGUCUCAAAAAGCUACGCUCGCGCCACCAGCGCCACAAGAAGAAACUCGAGGCAGCAGCGGCGGCGAGUGCCGCUGUAAGCACAGCCGCCGUGUUGCCCGGUUCGGAGCCAGCGGCGGGUGGCGAGGAUCGUCGGCCCAGUCGCCGUCACAGCCUGGAGGCGAUCCCAGGUGGGGAGUCGGGGCAUGCACAGCGACGUGGACGUGUCCGGGAUCGGCUGCGACGCAACCGUUUGCUCGAGUGUCAGCGACGUAGCCACAGCGCCGGCGUUCACGCCAGGCAGCUGGACAAGGGUACGGCAGCGGCUGAUGAUGAGGAUGAUGGGGAAUAUGGACCCUUCAAUGUCAGCGACUACGAGGACUAUGGACCGAGUCAUGGCAGCGAUGGCGAGAGCGAUGACUUUUGCUACUGCGACAUCUGUCUGAAUGGCGACACGGACUUUGGGGAAAGCAAUGACGGCAUGGACUCGGACACGAGCACCUCCUCCAGCAACAGCAAGCAGGUUAUGGUCGGCAUUUGUGCCAUGGCCAAGAAGACGCAAUCAAAGCCAAUGAAGGAGAUUCUCACACGACUGGGCGAGUUCGAGUUCAUCAAACUGGUGACAUUCGAGGAGAAUGUGAUAUUGCGGGAACCGGUCCAGAACUGGCCCACCUGCGACUGUCUGGUGUCGUUCCACUCGAAGGGUUUCCCCCUGGAGAAGGCCAUCGAGUACGCACAGCUGCGCAAUCCGUUUGUGCUCAACAAUCUGCACAUGCAGUACGACAUACAGGACAGGCGGCGUGUCUAUGCCAUACUCGAGAAGGAGGGCAUCGAGAUACCACGCUAUGCGGUCCUCGAUCGCGACUCACCCGAUCCCAAGCAUCACGAGCUUAUCGAGUCGGAGGAUCACGUGGAGGUCAAUGGGAUAACGUUCAACAAGCCGUUCGUGGAGAAGCCAGUCUCAGCGGAGGAUCACAAUAUCUACAUCUAUUACCCAACGUCAGCGGGAGGCGGAAGUCAGCGUUUGUUUCGUAAGAUCGGCAGUAGGAGCAGUGUCUAUUCGCCGGAGUCGCGUGUGCGCAAGACGGGCUCGUUUAUCUACGAGGACUUCAUGCCCACCGAUGUGUACUUUUCAGGCACCGACGUGAAGGUCUACACCGUGGGACCCGACUACGCCCACGCAGAGGCACGCAAGAGUCCCGCGCUGGAUGGCAAAGUGGAGCGCGACAGCGAGGGCAAAGAGAUCCGCUACCCGGUGAUCCUCAAUCACUCCGAGAAGCUCAUUUCGCGCAAAGUGUGCCUGGCCUUCAAGCAAACCGUCUGCGGCUUCGAUCUCCUGCGUGCCAAUGGCAAGAGCUACGUGUGCGAUGUGAAUGGCUUCAGUUUCGUGAAGAACUCGAACAAGUAUUACGAUGAUUGCGCCAAGAUCUUGGGCAACAUGAUACUCAGGGAGCUGACGCCAACGCUGCACAUACCCUGGUCGGUGCCAUUCCAACUGGACGAUCCACCCAUUGUGCCCACCACCUUCGGCAAAAUGAUGGAGCUGCGCUGUGUGGUGGCAGUGAUACGACACGGAGAUCGCACGCCCAAGCAGAAGAUGAAGGUCGAAGUGCGGCAUCCAAAAUUCUUUGAGAUAUUCGAAAAAUACGAUGGCUACAAGCUGGGCCAUGUGAAGCUGAAGCGACCCAAGCAGCUGCAGGAGAUCCUUGACAUUGCCCGCUUCCUGCUCAGCGAGAUUCACACGAAGGCGCACGCCGAGAUCGAGGAGAAGGAGAGCAAGCUGGAGCAGCUGAAGAACGUGCUCGAGAUGUACGGCCACUUUUCGGGCAUCAAUCGCAAGGUGCAGAUGAAGUACCAGCCCAAGGGACGCCCACGCGGCUCCAGCUCCGAUGAUAGCAAGUCCCAGCUGAACAGCAAUCCCAGCAAACGCAGCGAGGCAAACCCGCCAGCGGCAUCAGCCGCCGAACCAUCGCUGGUUCUCAUCCUCAAAUGGGGUGGCGAGCUAACGCCUGCCGGACGCAUCCAAGCCGAGGAGCUGGGUCGCAUUUUUCGCUGCAUGUAUCCCGGAGGUCAGGGACGUUCCGAUUACUCGGGCACCCAGGGAUUGGGUCUACUACGCUUACACUCAACGUUUCGUCACGAUCUGAAGAUCUAUGCCUCGGAUGAGGGUCGUGUGCAGAUGACAGCGGCUGCCUUUGCCAAGGGUCUGCUGGCGCUCGAGGGCGAGCUGACGCCCAUUCUGGUGCAGAUGGUCAAAAGCGCCAACACAAAUGGGCUGCUGGACAACGAUUGUGAUUCGAGCAAGUAUCAGAAUCGCGCCAAGGGUCGCCUGCACGAGCUGAUGCAAAAUGAUCGCGAGUUCACCAAGGAGGAUCGUGAGCACAUCAAUCCGUGCAACAGCAAAUCGAUCACGCAGGCGCUGGACUUUGUCAAGAAUCCCGUGGACUGCUGUCGCCAUGUGCAUCUGCUGAUCCGGGAACUGCUGCACAUAAUCAGCAUCAAGAAGGAUGAUCCCAAGACCAAGGAUGCCAUACUGUACCAUGGCGAGACGUGGGACCUGAUGCGCUGCCGCUGGGAGAAGAUCGAGAAGGAUUUCAGCACCAAAUCGAAUCUGUUUGACAUCUCGAAGAUACCGGAUAUCUAUGACUGCAUUAAGUACGAUCUGCAGCACAAUCAGCACACAUUGCAGUACGAUCAGGCCGAGGAGCUGUACAUCUAUGCCAAGAAUCUGGCCGACAUUGUUAUACCGCAGGAGUAUGGGCUGACGCCGCAGGAGAAGCUGGCCAUUGGGCAGGGCAUUUGUUCGCCGCUGCUGCGCAAGAUCAAGGGCGAUCUGCAGCGGAAUAUCGAUGAGGUGGAGGAUGAGUUUAUGAAUCGCCUCAAUCCACACUAUAGCCACGGUGUGGCCAGUCCCCAGCGUCAUGUGCGCACUCGUUUGUACUUCACCAGCGAGUCCCAUGUCCACUCGCUGCUGACCGUCCUCCGAUACGGCGGACUGCUCAAUGUCGUCACAGACGAGCAAUGGCGUCGCGCCAUGGACUACAUUUCGAUGGUUUCUGAGCUGAAUUACAUGUCACAGAUUGUCAUUAUGCUGUACGAGGACCCCACCAAGGAUCCCACUUCCGAGGAACGUUUCCACGUCGAGCUGCACUUCAGUCCGGGCGUCAACUGUUGCGUGCAGAAGAAUCUGCCACCAGGGCCCGGCUUUCGGCCACACUCCCACGGCGACAAUGCCUGCAACGUGAGCCAGCAGUCAUCGGACGAGGCAAAUCCCGCACGCAUCGAGGAGGAGAACGACAACAACUCGGGCGAGGAGCAAAACACCAAAAAGUCAGGGAGCUGCGAGGAGCACAUCUCUGGCACUGGCUCCAGCAGCAAUGUCUUCAAUGCUGGAUUCAAUCGGCUGGAGCUGCGCACCAAACAUCUCAAAUCGAAGCCCAUACCCAUUGGAUCGCAUCACACGGUAAGCGGGCACGAGGCAAUGGAUCUGGCCAAGCGGCUCAACGAGGAGCUUGCCUCCCAGCAGCAUCAGCUCAGCCAUCACCAGCAGCAACAGCAGCAGCAGCAACAGCAACAGAGCCAAGGCCAGAGCCAGCAGCAACAAUUGCGGCCCAUCAGUCCCGAUAUGCGGGCCGUGAGUCCGGACUGUGAGCCGCGUUCCCGCAGCUUCGAGCAGCGUCCCACAUCCGGCAGUUGUUGCAAGCAGACGGCCACAGCGCCUGCGUCCAGUUUCGGAGAGAUAGAUCAUGCCCGGGUGGGCAUCGGAGAAGGGGCGCCCAAGGGGGGCAGUCGCACGGCCUUCCAGAUCCGCGUCACGGACAGUCUGUCCUUCUUUAAGAUCGACUCCUCAACGAACGAGCUGCCCCUGUCUGACAUUGAUUUCUCCUUGAACCCGGGCACACCCCAGUGCGGCCCGUCCGCCCACAAGCGACUUCACGUGCUGACCAUGGGACGCAUGGAGAGCUACGAUGAGCCGGAUGACCUGCAGUCGGGUCGCGAGGUGCCCCAGCAUCUGCAGCACUUGCCCCAGAUCUCGCCCAUGGCCACCAAUGAGCGUCCGCUGAGCUGCAACUGUACCAGCUCGUCGGCUCUGGCGCUCCAUGCCCAGGCCCACUCGCACUCGAAGAGUCUGAUGGAUCUGGGACAGACUGUGAGCAGCUCCGAGGUGGCACACAGCACUGCGACGGGCAACGAGCAAGCAGAUGCCAUCGAAGUCGGUGGCAGCAGCUUUGACGAUGAUUUUCAGCUCUCCAGCUCGGCUCCGGCCUGCCUGAUGACCGUCCCAUACGGACGGCGACCUUCUGGUCCGACAGCUCUCUCGCCCAUGAGCCAUGCCACCACCUCGCCCACCGCCUCCACCCUGAGGCUGUGCAAGCGCAUGGAGGAGACCCAUCCUACCAAGGCACCGAUAGCUGUCGACAGUUCAGUCUCCAGUGCUGGACACCGCAAGGCCACCAGUCAUUCGUGUGGCCAGCUCUCGGUGAUGCCCAGCUCGGCGAUGGUGCUUCCAGAGAAUCCCUUUCGUUUUGCGGCCUGCUCGGUGGCAGCACCGCCCGGCGGCUGUUUUGUGAGCUGCUUCGAGCCCAUAGCCGAGAAUGUCACACAGAACCUGAAUCCCACACCCGGUCCCGAUCCCGAUCCCGAACCCAUACCAGCAUUAAACAGUGAAGUGGCACAGCCACAGGCUUUGGUGGUUUACAAUCUGCCAACUUUGCUGGUUACUGCCACAGCAAGCCGAACAGAACUUAUGCCAAUAGCAGCACCGACAAUUACACCAACACUAGCUACAACAACAACCAGAACAACAACAACAACAAUAACUUUGUUCAAUAAUAAUACAGCAACAAUGUCUUCUAAUCAAACAUUUACUAACCAAUUCAAAUCGAUCGAUCCUUCCUCCUCCUCUGACGCACACCAACACCAACAACAACAACACCAACAUGAAUACGAAAAAACAACAACACCAAUACCAAUAACAACUUCAACAACAAUUACACCAAUCACCAAUCAAUCAAUCAUUCAACAUAAUGACACCAAUACCAAUACCAACAACACCACCGAUACAAACACAACAACAACAACAACAACAACAACUACCACCACGACCACAACCACCCCGUCUUGUUGUACCAAUACCAUCGCCACAGAUAGCACAGUUUCGGUAUCGGUAUCGGCCUCGGCCUCAUCGGCCAACUCGUCAACAUCAUCGCGUCGCCAAAGACACAGUAUUGCCGGCCAGAUGUCCUAUAUGAAAAUGUUGGGUUUCGGUGGUUUUAGCAAAAAGAUGGCCACCAGCGCUAAUAGCCUUUUCAGCACGGCAGUGAUAAGCGGCAGCUCAUCUGCCCCAAAUCUGCGAGACAUGAUACCGGUCUCGUCUUCCGGAUUUGGCGAUGUGCCACCAAUACGACCGCUGGAAACCCUUCACAAUGCUCUAUCGCUGCGCAAGCUGGACUGUUUCUUGCAGGACAUGAUCCUGGCGCAGAUAUUCAAGACACCAACGGGCUCUCCGCCGCGCGCCUUUGACCAUGGCGCCAUGCCUGGCGUCUCCUCAAUGGCACUCGCUGCACAUGUGGAUGAUGCCGCUGCAGGCAUCGUUGGCGCCGGCGACACCCCGAGCACUCCGACGGGUGUAAUGGUGAAAAUGGGUCAGUCGCCACUGAGUGUCACCUUUCAAGGAUGCAGCAGCGACUCGAAUUCGAUGAACAAUCCCGCAGAACGACGUCAGGGCACACCCAGACUUCCCUCGGAAUUGGCGCUGGAAGAGCAGAACAAAGACCAGCCCCGCACGUUUUCUGCCGCCAAAAAAGAACAAAUUUGGCAGCAGCAGCAGGAGAGCCUUCAGGCAGACGAGGAACCACAAUCCGAACUGGAACUGAAGCAGCUCUUAUUCGAUCACUUUUCCACUCCCAUCACACCGUGUGCGGAGCUGGAGGGACCCACGCCUGAUAUCUACCUGAACGUAAGUGAACAGACGUCCGGCGAGGGGCUCUUCUUCGGCUUAUCCGGGGAGCCGGACCACGCCCUCAACUGCCUCACUCCCGUGAGCUUCGGCCAGGAUCUGGACCUGAGCAUGGUGGCAAACAGGGGCUCCAUGACGCUCUCCAUGGAUGGCUUCGAGGAUGACGAGGAUGCUACCCUGUCGGCAGCCACGACUCCAUCGCUGCCAGCAGAUGGGGAGCCAAAUCUGGCGAUUUGCCACUGCUGCCCCAGUCACGAUGAGCCACCGCCCGAUGUGGCCAGCGAUGAUCCUCGCUUCGGUUUCUCCCUGCCCGUUCACAUCCAGCAGCCGUCGCCGGAGCACACUCGUCCGUCCGUGCGCCGUUCACACGAUCCAGUCUCGCCGCGCAUCCAGAAGCAGAUCAGCGUCUUCGAGGGCACAGCGCAGGUGGACAAGGACGGAGCGGCAUUGCAUGCCUCCAUCAAUCUGCCGGCUGCCGCCCAGCAGUUGCGGCAGGAUGCCCGACUGCGCAAGUUCGAGAAUCUCACACAGUCCACAUCCAACUCGAACUUUCCCUUUGAGAGCAACACCCUGAAGCGGGUGCCCAUGCAGGCCACGGGUGACUAUGAGAACGUCUCGCACACCCAGAGUUGCAUCAACCUAAAGAGCACCAGUGGAUCACCGCAGCACCAGAAGGGCACAGGAGCUGGACCUGGAGCCGGACCAGGCGCUGGCGCUGGAGCGGGUACAGCAACAGACAGGGAUCGGUUACGUGGAGGCGGCGCAGGACACUUUGGGCGACUGCCCAGCGCUCUGUCUGCCUGCCAUUCAGCGUCGGCUUCGCCCUCACCAUCACCAUCACCAUCCCCUCGUCCGGGGGCAUUGAUCGUGAAGGAGCGGUUCAUAGAACCACCCAAGCGGGGCAUUGUCCGGGGCUAUCACCCCAAGACUCAGUCCAUGGAUGCGGACUUUUUGUUCAACGAGUUCCUGCUGGUGCCGGCCAAUGCGCCCGCCAAUCUAUCGUUCGAUUGCAGCGACACCGAGCUCGAUAUCGAUACCGAUACCGAUAACGAUAUCGGUGCCGAUACCGAUGUUGGGGCCGCUGCAGGUGGCAAAGCCGAUCACAAUUUUCGCGACGACGAAGAGCAACCCUCGACAUCGUCCAGAAGGAAUCCUUAGCUCUCAACUCUCAGCACUCGCGUUCGCGUUCGCACUUGCAGCCUCACUAAACUUUUAAGCUAAAUAUUUAUCGGGCGCGUAAUCGACAAAACACGUUAUCGACACACACUUUAAUCUUAAUUGUACUUGUUGUUGUUGUUGGGCCAAGCAAAUAAAACUAAGAGGCAAAAUAUCCACAAAUUACCAAAAAAUUCAACGAAAAGAGUGCCCUAACCGAUUCGAUUUGAACAGCUUAAAA